CCCUGUCUGCGUGACAGCAUUCUUGCUACGGCUCCAGCAUUUCCGUACCUUGCACUUCACAUAGCACUCACACAGCGCUCUCUCACUCAGCACAGCCAGCCCGCUGAGCUUUCGCGACAUUCGCCACCAAAAUCGGGAAUCUCGGAAUUCACACUCACCUAUCAAAAGAAGCUGUUUCCUCGCAACCAUUCUGACUUUGUUCAACGCUGCCCUUCGAAAUAGUCUGGAUGCGUGGAGCGUCAUUGGAGGAGAUUUGAUAAGAGUCAGACAGUCUUCACCUCCUGACCGAAAUGGCGCUGCCUAAAUCUGGCUUGCUUAGCCUCCCGGCCGAAAUUCGAAAUACUAUAUACGACCAAACCUUCAAUGGAGAUAUGUCCAACGCCGAUAUGCUCGCACUCAUGAACACAUCGAAGCAGCUGCACCUCGAAGCAGGGUCCCGCUUCUACGCCAACAACCCUUUCAUAGUCAGGGUCCCGGCUCCGUCGGUCCCGGGCGCGACAGUCUUACCGCCUGUCAAUGACCGCUACCUUCCGUUCCUCAAAGACCUUGGGGUUGAGAUCAGUGCAGGCUGUGCGACUCGCCCUCGAGUGCAAGAGAUAGCCGCUGCGAUAACGCGGCUCACAACAAUCGGUGCGGAAUUCGAUAGAGUAUCGUUUUUGAUCCAAUUUCCGCCUGAGCUAUCGUUCUUCCUCCAGGAUAGGUAUGAUGAUCCGAUACUGGACAAGUCUCAUCCGAUAACUACUGCUCUACAUAAUCUUCUCGACUCAGGCGUCUCCAAGGUGGUCCACAUCUGGAUGAAUGGAGCAUGGUUUGCUCCAGGGCUGGCGACUUCGAUGAAAGCCCGUUAUUGCUCCGGCCUCAAGUUCAUGCUCAUCAAUGAGGAGCACAAAAUCAUUGAACUUGGCGACCCCUUCGUGUACGAAAGGGCCCCAACCGGUCUGUGUUCUUGCACUCCUAUCAAGAUAUUCGGCAUGAUCGAGGAUAGCGGCGACGACUUGAAUACGGUGGUUGGACUCGAUCUCGACAUGGGAGAGCAUACCCUGGAGCUACAUAGGACCGACCACGAACCAUUCCUGGGGGUAGACGAAGAUAUAAACACCAAGGCUGAGGAAGACCUGACUGACGAAGACGACAUCGACAUGGAAGAUCUGAUAGCCUUCGACCCCGCAGAUGUCGAUGCGAUCGAAGAGAAUUGGAACCAGACCUUUAGUCUCCUCGACCAUGAGGAGAUGAUGACAAAGGAGAUCGAGUUUCUCGUAGUGAUGGCGCCUCAUAUGCUACUUCCAUCGUCAGAGGCGGCUGGCAUAGUCACAGCCCCUCAACCGGCGAUUGCUAUGACUAGACCUUGAAGGAGUCAAAAAACGCACAUCACCACACCAACGCAAUGCUACAUCGUAACACGAACCGGCAUACGAAUAGAAGCUAAGACCUGACCUGCAUUGCACGCAUAAUCUUCACUUUUCCUUGUAUCCGAGUACCGCAUACUUCAGCGCUGAUUUUACGUCUAUGGUGCCCCAUGCCGUC